AUGGCCACGGGCUCGCCUCAAGACAUCGCAAUAACAGAGGGCCAAACACCACCGCCAAUGCCCUCAGAAGAACCCAAGUACGGCGGCUUCACAAGGUUUGAGAUUGAGAUCGAGUUCGUCCAAUCUCUUGCCUCUCCACAAUAUCUCAAUUAUCUGGCCUCCCAAAAGUACUUCGAGAAUCCAGCCUUCAUCGCGUACCUCUCAUACCUACAAUACUGGUCGCAUCCUCCUUACACCAAAUACCUGACCUAUCCCGGGCCUGCACUCAAGAAUCUAGAGCUCUUGCAGCAGGAGAGAUUUAGAGCGGAUAUACUGAGCCCGGAUAAGAUGAAUGAAUUGAUAGAGGAGGGCAUGAAGAGCGGCAUGGAAGGACCUCGUAGUUGA